CUCAUCUAUUCCUCUUUAGGUUUCAUAAUCAAAACCUCUCAAAUCCCCAAAACCAAAAAUCCCGAAUUAUUACGAGCGGGAAAACCACCGCGGCGUUUAAAGUUUCAAACCCCUAAAAAAUUCUCUCCCUUCUUUAAAGGAAACCCAAACCGCAUUUUCCAAUUUUACACUUUCCCUCUCUCUCUCUCUCUCUCUCUCUCAAAAUUAGGGUUUACUUUCCUUCCAAUUAGGAUUCAGGGCUUUUCAGAUUCCUCCUCCGAUUCGAUGCCGAGGACCGCGAAACGCGAACGGAGCGCCGGUCAAGGCCGUGGCGUCGACGACGGCGAGGAGGCGGAGCGGCUCCGAGCCGUGAAGCGCGAGCGACUCAAUUCCGAGCAGGUUGAAAAUGAGUCAACGGAUCAAGACGCCGGUCAACGGCGAGCUCUCCGAUCUGACUACAAUGAAAUCCUGAACCUCAUUAGUGAGAAGAGGAAUGAGUUAUUGAAGCCGGAGUCGGAGAAGUUUGGCGUCAUCAUCGGUAGAGUUGAGAAGUUGCAUGAGCUAGUUCAGAAGCCAAGAGAGCAAGUGGCAGAUGCAGAGGCACUGUUAGACAUAACCAACACAUUGGUGACCUCUGUCAAGUCACAGUCCAGUGCUGGCAUUACCCCAUCGGACUUCAUUACCUGUUUGAUUCGAGAUUUUGGGCAAUUAAGGGAUGGCCAUGCCUCGAUUCGGUGGAAAGAUGUUGGGGUUGCUGUGGCACCAAUUUUCAAGAGGGCUCAUGGUUGCUGUACAAUGCUUGGACCCAUGAAUACUGAGUAUAAGGAAAGGAAGGCGGCUGUUCGUACUAGACGAAUAAAGCCUACCACAACUGAUGAGCCUGAGGAGAUUGAUGCACAGGAAGAAGAAAAAACUGAUACAGAUAGGAAUAUGUCAACGAUGUUUGAGAUAUUAAGAAAGAAGAAACGCGUCCGACUGGAAUGUUUAAUAUUAAACAGAAUGUUCUUUGCACAGACAGUUGAGAAUUUAUUCGCUCUUUCAUUCCUUGUUAAAGAUGGCCGGGCUGAAAUCAUAGUUGAUGCAAAUCGCGCUCAUUUUGUUGCACCAAGGAAUGCUGCCAAGGCCACUGAAGUGGCAUCUCGUGAGGUUGUUUAUAGACACUUUGUGUUCCGAUUUGAUUUCAAGGACUGGAAGUUGAUGAAGGAUAUGGUGCCUGAUGGUGAGGAGCUAAUGCCACAUAGAAUCCCUGCCAACUCCGAACCUGCCUCCCAGGAGGAACCAGCUGCAUACGUGUCCCAAACAGGACACACAACUCCAAUUCGAAAGCUUUCCAGGAAUCGCGGCCGGAUGGUGCAGGAAGAAGCUAUUGUAGAAGAAUCCCCUGAAUAUGAUAAUGACCGUGCUGCUGGAGGCGCACUUCGCAGGUCUAAGCGCAAGCUAUAGCUAUUAUGGGAUAGUCCUGCUGUAUUUAUUCAGUGAUCAACCGUGUGUUGGCUUGUAUAUAGGAUUAGGUAGAUAGCCUUUCUACCUAGAUUAGAUUCUACCUUUCAUACAGGUUGGUUUUGACACUGUUGUGAUCCUUUUGGAGUUUACUGACUUGUGCCAUUAGCAUUCUAUUCCCUAUCAAACGUGCUUUCGUCCCUAAA